GGUUGAUGCGUCAAGCAGAGUGUAAAAUUCCAGUAGCUUACGGUGCACUUAGUCGAUUGGAACAUUUUCUACUAGUUGUGGUAUUAUUAUUAGCUGAGAAGCAAAUAUGGAUAGCAUUGACACAGAAAAGCAGCAAAAAUUCCGAACGGAAAAAGUGGCCCCUGAAGGUGGCUGGGGUUAUUUGAUUCCAUUUGGAAUUGCAAUACCUGCGGCUUGCAGCAUAGGCAGUUUUUCAUCAUUUGGAUUGCUGUUCAAUGAUUUUCUCGAUGAAUUGGGUGCUGGAACGUCUGCUGUUACCAUUAUCACUGGUUCUUACUUCAGCGCAUUCAGCUUUGCAGGCCUAUUUGCGAGUAGUUUAUUCAAGAAAUUCCCAAUGCGAAACAUCGGAUUAUUUGGCGCAGCUUUAUUAUUUCUUGGUAGUUUGAUGACAGCAUUUGCAACAUCCGUUGAACACUUGAUCGUUUCGUUUGGUAUUAUGGAGGGAGCUGGAAUCGGCUUUAUGAUUCCUGUGGCGUACACGUCGUUCAAUUACUAUUUCGACAAAAGACGUGUCUUCAUAAUGAGCUUAACUCAAACACUGAAAGGAUUUAUCAUCAUGUCAUAUCCAAUAGUCCUCCAAUUCCUAGUGGCUGAAUACGGUUUCCGUGGUGCAGCAUUGGUGGUAGCGGCUUUGCAUGGUCACGCAUUUUUCGGAAUGAUUGUUAUGCAUCCAAUCGAAUGGCACUAUAAAACUGUUAAAGUUCCAAUCGAUGAAGAUGAACCUUUAAUGGAUUCGAAUGAGAAAAUUGAUGAAGUGAAAGUCAUUUCAAUGUCAUUGAAUGACUGUGAAAUGAAGCCAAUUGCAGAAGAAACGUCAAUCUCAGUUCAGGACAUUGAAAUGGUUGCCGAUGAUACAAAGAUUACAUUUAAACGAAGCAUAUCACUUGAUGCAACGCAAAAACUGAAUGGAUUUGAUCCAAUAAAAAAACGCUUUUCAAGCAUUAUGAGCUUAGGAGAUUUGAUUGGUGAUGCCAUUAUAACGGAGUCAUAUGGUCACGUUAAAAAUGGAAAAUGGCAAAAGAUAGUCGAAUUUCUAGACUUAACUCUCUUCAAAGAUUUAAUUUACGUAAAUAUUGUGCUGGGAAAUACAUUUGCAUUGUAUUCAGAUAGUGCAUUCUUCACAUUAUUGCCGAUGUACAUGUUUAAACUGGGAUUUGACAAGCCCGAUACAGCGUUGGUAGUGUCAAUUGCAGCUGCGGCCGAUUUAGGAUCGAGAAUUUUUCUGGCACUUUCAACUUUUUGUGUUCAAAUCAAAGCACGUAAUGUCAUUUUAAUUGGAGUGAUUGCUACAAUAAUCUUUCGACUAGUGUUUUUGACGAUAGAUAGUUUCAGUGGCAUUGUGGCGGUUGUUAUAGUACUCGGAUUCUUCCGCACAUUCCUCCACGUUACUGUGCCACUCGCUUUUGCCGAUCACUUGUCACACACACGAUUUGCAUCUGGCUAUGGACUGUAUAUGUUUUUGCAGGGAAAUUUUUCUUUUAUCAUAGCACCUUUUAUCGGAUAUAUUCGCGAUGCAACUCAAAGCUAUGUUAUUUGCUUCAAUUCACUUACUUUCAUCAUGAGCUUAUGUGCGAUACCGUGGAUUAUUGAAAUGAUAUGGUUUCGAUUUAAUCUUCGACAAAUAAAAAACGAAACCGAUCAACCACCUAAUUUAUGAAAAAAAAAAGAAAAAGAAAAAAACAGAGAAUAAGUUUUCCACACUAUAUUAAACAAGUCAGCGUGACAAAAUUGGAUUUACAAAUGUUUCGUUUAGAAUAAAAAUUGGAUUAGCCGAAACCGCCCUAUUUGCAUAUGGCUUCGUUUUGGUCUCGUUUAUUCGAGGAAAUUUAAUGUUUUUAAUUUCGCCGAUUUUCGGAUGGAUUCGAGAUGUGACUCAAAGUAAUAUCAUCUGUUUCUAUACACCUACUCUGCUCAUGUGUUUGUGCGACGUUCCUUGGACUGCUGAAAUGCUUUGGUUUCGAUUUCAUCCUCGAAAAAUCAAAAAAUAAACUGACUACACCUCGAAUACGUUCUUCAUACUAUAUUCAGCGAGUCACCAUUACGAAAUCAGAUUACAAAUAGAUGUUUAUUUAGCGAUUAAGGAGCAUUAUAAUUUUAAUUAUAAAAGGCAGCAUUACCAACUGAUUUGUUUCUAUUCAGCUCGAAGCUUCUAAUGAUUUCAAUUGUUUUUUUUAUUUAAACAAAAUUCGAGAGCAAAUAUCUACAUGUGAUAGAUAAAAUAGAAAUGUUACAUAUUGUACCUUAUGACCAUUACUUGCUUAAUUUUUAUCUUGACAGAUUAAAUCUUGAAGAAAAUUAAAUUAGAUACAUGUUCACGAGUUCUGUAUGAUUUCAUUAGCUUGAAUUGCGUUCAGUUUAUCGACAGAUUUUCAAAUUGUAAGCUAGUCAAAGGAACAGCGAAAUGGGCGAUUUGACCGAAGAACUUAAGUUUCAUACUAUAAACGUGGCACCAGAAGGAAAAUGGGGAUAUUUGGUUGCGAUCGGUAAUA